CACAUUUAUUGAAGACAACACAUGAAGUAAUCAAGUUCCCCAAUUUAUAUGAGUUGUGCAUUCAUCAUAUGCAUUGCCUGACUCACUUUUGCAGUGACAAUGUUGAGCGCAUUGAGUUCCCUCAGUUACAAAGAAUGCUCUUCAUUGAACUACCUGAGUUCCAGAAUUUCAUGCCUACAGCCAACAACUCAAAUCCUCUUUUUGAUGAAAAGGUUUCUUGUCCCAACCUAGAAGAGCUAUACAUCUGGAAACUUGAAAGCAUAAGUGCACUAUGCUCUCACCAACUUCCAACUAACUACUUCACCAAACUUCAAACAUUGAAAGUAUCAGAUUGUGGAAAAUUGAGAAACUUGAUGUCUCCAUCAGUGGCCAAAGGUCUUCUGAAUCUCAAAGUGUUACACAUAAUAAAUUGUGAAUCAAUGGAAGAAGUGAUCACAAAAGAGGAACAACAAGGAGAAGGAAUCAUGACCUUAUUUCCCCUCUUGGACAGACUGGAGCUUUGCAAGCUGCCUAAGUUGGGGCAUUUCUUUCUGACAAACCAUGCCCUUGAAUUUCCAUUUCUAAGAAAUGUGGAAAUUGGUGACUGCCCUGAAAUGAAGACGUUUGUUCAACAGGGAAUAUCUGUGAGUACACCGAUUCUCAAAUGGGGUGAUGAGGUGAUACUAGAUCUCAAUAAAUGGAUACAGCAGGAGUUAAAUAACAAAGGUAUGUCUUAUUCCGCUAGCUAUAUAAGUAAUUGCUACAUGAUAUUCUAAUUAGGCUCUACUGCUCUCUUUCCGUUUUAGAUACUUCAUCAACUUUUCUUUUACUUAAUAAUCUAGUCAUCUCUCUCUUCUUUUGCAUUCUCUUAUUCCCUGCAGGAACAAGAAGCUAGUGAUGACGAUGAAGCAGAACCUAGUCAUGCCAGAAGUUAGGAAGCUGGUAGGAAAAACUCAAUGAAAUAAUGCAAGUAAAACCUCGAACACGGAACAUCACCUGAUACCAUGCUCGUGAUGGAGGUAAUUAACAAGGAGAGGCGGAUCUACAUUAUUGUAACCUAUCGGUUCAUGUCAGCCUACAAGCUAUUGGCUGUAGAUCUAGUAUAUGUAUUAGUAAUAUCAAAAAAAUAAUUGAUUGUGAUAUAAACUUGAGGUCACUGCAGAAUUCUGUAAACUAUAAAUUUGGAUCCGCCUGUGAUUCUAAGUUCAUCUUUCAUUAUAUUUAACAGCUAAUAAGGACUUUUUGUCAAUAAAAAAAAGGAUUAUACUUCCCAGUUACUAAUAAAACAAGUAGCAGAGUUCAGAGUAGACAAAAGGUGCUCAACUGGUAACAAAGGAGAUCAUAGCUAUGGAUUUCCUAUCUAAAGUUGUGGAAAAAUGCUCAAAUUUCAUGAUCAAUAAUGUUGGGUAUCUCAUUUACUACAAUAGAAACAUCAAAUCUCUGGAUGAAGAAUCUGAUAAGCUGGAGAUAAUCAGAAAUGAGGUGCAGCAAGAACCGGAGGCUGCCCGGAGAAACAUACAAGUCAUUUCUCCCAGUGUUGUGGCUUGGUUAACUAGUGUUGAUACCACUACUGCAGAUGUGGCUA